AUGACUAAAAAAUCAAGUGAGUUCCCUUACUUAGGAGAAGGGUGUAUAGAGAGUGAGUUGUCCAGGUGCCAACGUCAACUGGCCCGUGCUCGGGUUGAUGGCGCCGUUGCCCGAGGCAGUUUGAAAUGGAUGUUGGAAAAAGGGGUGGUUCACGUAAUUGAUAAAGUUAUCAAGAGCAUGGAGUUUGCCAGUGGGAUCCAGGGUAUUCACAAUGCUUUUGAGGCCCUUGUAUUUGAAAAGGGGAAACAACUGGGUGGUUGUUCAACAAUUUCCGGUGAAUCUGAAGCUCCGGAACCUGGCUGUGGCGUAAGAAGAACCGAAGAGGUGGAUACUGCUCUUUCGUCUCUUGCUGAGACGGAUUUUGUGGGUCUCUUUCACCCGGGGGAGUUGGAUUAUGAUAGCUUCCGACAGUUUUUUCAUAGACCGGGUCCGGGAAGCUCUUCCUCGGACUUCGAAGACUAA